UUUCUUGUAGAGGGCUUGCGUUGUCCCAUAGUGAACACAUACAAUCCAGUUUGCUCAGAAAGGACUGAACACUUUUGUGAAUCAGAUGAUGAAUGCUUGGUGGAGGGGCAAAGGUGUUGUCCAUCACGGCAGGGGGCCUGCCAACUUGCGUGUACAAAGGCUGAGAUUCUUAGUAAGUACUAAAGGUUCUUUUUCUUUUUCCGAUUUUCAAUUUUUCAUUUUUAUUUAGCAUGACAUGGCGGAAAAUCGGCUCGGAAUGUGGCAUGUGGUAUCACAAGGGGCUAGGUUGAGUGACUUCACACCCUGUCUCGUCCACGUCUCGUCCCAUUCCGCUUUCGCUUUUUACGAGAGGAAAACAAGCCUGUGCCAGGCACUCAGUCGGUGAACAGCCUGGUCGAUGAAAAAGUGUGAAAAACGCAAACCCGACACAGGGGUCACGUUGCUGGUGCCUAAGUUUCACGACUCACCUCGAAAUGAAAGCCUGUGCGACUGCUGCAUGUCUUACAAAGGGAUUUAUAGAUUUAUUUUGACUUGUAAGCCUGUUGAGGAACAGUAGAAAGACUCGUGAAUCGUUGCUCACAACAGAUCAGCAAAUUAUAGAUCGUGUGAGAUGGCAUUAAUUUCUUCUUAAAUGUUUUCAGAGGGUUGCCCCAAGCCUGUGGAUCUUGCCUUACUCGUUGAUGCAUCAGGUAAGUGCAUUCUUUUUCUUGGUUUUUUUAACUUUUUUUCUGUGCGCUAAGUAAUUUUCAGUGUAGAGCUGGCACAUUUCCAGAAAAUGGUAUUCUCCAAUGGGACGGGAAGGAGGGUGGGGAGAGAGGGAAGAUACUGCCUUAGAUAGCCUCACGAAUUUAUGUCGCCGAAUGGAGUGGUGAUUAUCUGAUUUUCGGACUCUUGGUCUUAAAUUUUUCCUCAUUCGUCGCCUCCAGUUCCCCCACCCACCCGUGGCUGCGAAAUAUACCAUUAUUUGUGCGUUAACCGGAGUUCACUUAAAGUUUCCCGUUUCUCCAUAUAGGUAGUAUAAGCAGAAGAAACUUUGCCCGAUUUAAAUUUUUUCUCAAGCGGCUAGUGGACGAGUUCGACAUAUCUGAGAGUGGUACUCACGUGGCUCUAGUCGAGUAUAGUACAGAAGCGUCAGUCCAGCUAAAGUUUAACGAUUUCAGUGGCGCGUUCCUAAACGCAGCCAACGUGAAGCGGCGUAUUGAUCAAAUUCCUCAUAAUCGAGGACUUACAUAUAUCGACAAGGCUUUGAGUUUGGCCAACAGAGAAGUCUUUACUGCCGAAGGGGGAAUGAGGCAGAACGUGACUAAGGUAAACAUCUUUUGUCUGUGUUAUUUUUUUAAUAAAAUUUCGAUUCUUAGAGACAAGUGCGCUUUUAAAUCUCAUUCCCAGUGACAUAAAUCGAAUUCUACUCUUCAAGAAGAAUACAAUUAUCAUAGUAGUGUUGUAAUAUCAACUGUGUAGCUGACAAAAAAUUGAAAUAAGCCAAUUGACCGAUUACUCAUUUAACUUCCGAUCUUCGAAUCCUGUUAUCAACAAAUUUGAAUAAAGAAUGAAGAACAAUUAGCCUAUUAGAAGAAAAAGAGACCAUUUCUGUCUCUGCAGUUAAAAGGAUUAUUCACGAAAUCAUGAUGCUGGCUGACUAGGUGUUGAGAUUCCAGAGAAUAACUAAUGAUUCAACGUCCUGAUAAAAUUAUGAUAACAAAUUAUUGCCAUUUUUAAGGUUUAGUUAUUAUAAUUAAUCUAUCGCUGUUCUAUCACAAAUGUUGCAAUCUGAUUGGCUGUGCUACAGAGUGCGGUUUACACUUUAAAAUAAGAUGUGUUACUGCAACACAACUCUUUUUGUCCUCAAAAUAACACACAUAGAGGUGUGUAGCACACCUUGAUAAGCUUUCUGAACACACCUUUAUGUGUUCCCACAACACUCCUUAACUUGUGUUUCAUACUUGUCCUAAAUUUGACACACCUUAAGGAGUGUUCUGCAGAAAGACGGGUCUUGUCACACUUCUAGUUGUGUAACAAAGCACACCUUCGGUUGCGUUUUCAGAACACACCUUUCCAGACACGCAAACUUACAACAUUUACAUACAUUCACAUAAUUAUUUAUACAAAACACCAGGAGUGGUCCACAAAUGGUUUAUUGAUCUUUCGAAAACAAUUUAUAUACAACAGUUUUUAAAUAACUAUUCUGGAUAACUUCAAAAAAUUUUGAUUUGUACUUGUGUUGCAGUAACUUCUUUGAGAAAGCAAAGAAAAAUUAUUUGAUCAUUCUAUAUAUGUAGACACAAUAAAAUAUAAGCAUGCACAGGUCUCGUUGCUUGAAGUUUUGAAUGACGAUUAGAUUUAUCUUCGGUAAUCAUAUCAUUCGCUCUCGAUUUCUAUGCAUGAUAUUUUGUUUUAGCAUCGUCGUCAUUAGCAAUCUUACCAUAGAAAUCGACAGUUCAUAAUCUAAUUGUAAAUUGUUUUUCGAGAAACGUGGAUUAAAAGGUGAUCUUGGCUUUGUGUAUUUCCAGGUAGCUAUCGUCAUGACUGACGGUGUGCAAACAGUUCCAGACAGCAGUUCAGAAUCAAGUACAGAGAUAUUAGACUCUGCAGUUCAGCCAGUGAAGGACAAAGGCGUAGAGGUCAUGUCAAUUGGAAUCGGAAAAGGCAUCGUACUAGUGGAUUUGGUUACUCUGGCUUCGGACGAUACUGGUGUCUUUUUGGCAGAGAGCUUUGCAGCCCUAGAUGAGAUUGCAACAGAUAUAAUAGAGGGGAAAUGUCCAGGUAUUAGAGUGACAGAUGAUGUUACUUAAUGAAUGACGCAGGCAUAUACGGAGAGAAAGAACCCCGAGUGGUGCCCGAGUGGUGUCCGAGUGGUGCCCGAGUGGUGCUCGAGUGGUGUCCGAGUGGUGCCAAGAAGAGUCGAACCUACGACCUUCCGAUUAGUACUUGAAUGCUCCACCGCUGAGCUACAGGAGACUCGAGGCAGGCUGGGCCGUUUAACUAGGUUCAUGAUGAUGGUGACGAACUUCUCGCAUACUGCUUGGAUAGCAAUGUUGAUAUAUGAUGCCUUUGCGCAAUGAUUAUGUAAAAAAAUGGAAAAUUCUACGACUAAUGUCACCACGGGAAUAACAUUGUCUAAUUUCCUGUCAUUUCUGGGCUUGUUUCAUUCUCUCGAACAGCUUAAUUCAGGAUAUGAUAGUACAUUUUCUAUUUAUCAAUUUAUUUAUCAUUUCUUAUCAGUUUAUUUUCAUUUUGAUUCAUUUAUUUUCCCUUUUCAAUGAAAACUUGAAGUAUUUCAACAAAAAUAAUUACGGAGGCCAAGCAGAGAGUUGUUGUCGCUUAGAACCGCUCCUAAGUUUGUCAAGUUGGCGCCACCACACCUAACUCGUCCCUACCCUUUGACUUCCAAGAUCUGAUUGUUAAUUCUCCCCUCUACCUGACAUACAUUUCGUUGUAAAUUAAUUACGAGAAUUUGGUGUCCGGUCAAGGCAACAACUUCUACCUGAUAACUUUGAGUAUUCUCCUUACCUGCUUUGUGUGUAAUGCAUGGAUGAUAAUUGAUUUUUGGGAAUUGAAAGGUUAACUAAAUUCACAGCCUCUAACACGUCCUUGCAUUCGUUUUUCAGUCGACGGUCAGUGGUCGAACUGGGAGAAAUGGACCGAGUGCACUGAGACUUGCGGUGGUGGCACAAGAAAGCGGAUCCGAAAGUGCAACAACCCGGCUCCAGCAAACGGAGGGGUUAAAUGCCCAGGGCCAGCUGAACAAGAAGAGGCUUGCAAUGAAGAUCCUUGCCCAAGUUAGUGAAAACAUACUAAAUAGAAUGCAAUUUUUAAUUCAUUAACGAAAGUAAUUCAGGAUUACUUCGGUUUUAACUUUGCGUUGUGAUUAAUCUAGAAAAGUGUACCAUCCUCUCGAACAAUCAGAUGUAAAGUUGGGAUUGGCUGGGGGAUUAAUUUGGUUUUGUCUUUUCGACACUCAGUGGAAAGCUAUCCAUCUGUAACCACCGAAUUUUUCGGAACCACAGCGAAACCUCAAAAGCUUUAGGAAGUAGGAUUUUAAUACUUUCAAAUAUCUCUUCACCACGCGUUGAAAAAGUUUCCACAAAUUACGAGAGUAUGUCCGGUUAAGUUGCAUUCCUGAGGUCAAUAGACACAGCUGCUUAUCAGCCUUUUUCUGAGUACCUGGGGUAAUUGAACAUCUUUCAAAAAACUGUAUACUCGCAAACACGUUUACUCAUGCGCAGUUAUGUAUAUCCAAAUAGAUGUACUUUCUGAACAGCAAACACACAAUUGAUAAAAAAGUCUCGAUGGAAAAGGUCGCUAGAAGUGAAAAGGAAUUUGUUGCCCCAAAUCAUAUAGCCGACUAAAUCUACUGCACGAUGGAAUAACUUUUCUGCUCAUUUUUGAUGGAUAAUGAAAUUUAUUUAUUCUGCUCUUUCACACGCAGUUUCCAAACGUAUUGAAUGAAUCCUUGCUAUCUCGCCAACUACAUCGAUGUAAUAACAGUUUUUACUGUUCCUCGUGAUCCAAACUCUGCUAUAAAAAUAUUUGCAUUUGUUGCGUGCAGUCGAACACGUAAAUUGAAAAGUACAAUCCCAAUAACAUAGAAUUAUGAAACUAAGAUUACCACCAAAACAUGUCAUACGUCAUAUGUACUAACCUUAUACCACAUACGGACAACCUUUCAAUUAACUCUCCUUUUAUUUCCUAUCGUGGUCUUCACUGCUUCUCUUUUGCGCCUGGGGUUCCGUCCCAUUAAAUUUUCUUCGAUCUCUUAAUCGGUUAUGGUUUAGUUUGUUGAGAGUCCUUAAACUGAAGACUGUGUGGAGGAUGUAAUCACACUACAACAAAAGUCGUUUGAUUAUUAAACAUAGUUGACGGCAACUGGUCCGACUGGGGAAACUGGUCUGGUUGUCCUGUAACCUGUGGAGGUGGAGAGCAGAUAAGAACGCGAACUUGCACCAACCCACCUGCUGCUUUUGGUGGGGCACCAUGCCCUGGGGAGCCUGAAGAACGUCGACUGUGCAACAAGAACCCUUGCCCAGGUAAUGGAGACAGUGGUUACAAUAUUUUUUAUUCUUCUGAUUCAUACGAAGCUUUCGAUAUUGCUGAUCCUAACAUUAUACAGGACGCUUAUCACAUAUGAAGCUGAUAAAUGCUUAACUCACCAUAGUGUCUCGGUGCUGGAUCCUCGGAGAGCAGAAUCCGAAGGUCUGAGACUCUGUGAGGUGGCGAGGAGUACAUCUUAUUUUCACCCUGUGAAUAGCCAUGCAAACAAGUAAAUGAUAAAGCAAACUAUCGCCAACAAAAGUAGCUUUCUACAGUUAAACAUAGUCUCCUUUUUAGUGUAUCCUUUUCAGAGAGUAGAACGGAGAAAAAGUAUAUGAUGUUGGGGUGUACUGGGUUACGGGAAGGAGUCGUCUUUUUACUACUCUAUCCACGAAACUAAGUGAGACUUUGAAUUGUUAGUUGAUGGCAAUUGGUCUGACUGGAAUGAGUGGAGCGAUUGUCCUGUGACAUGUGGAGGAGGCGUGCAGGAGAGAACGAGAACCUGCACCAAUCCCCCUGCGCAGUUCGGGGGAAAGACAUGCCCAGGAGAGAGUGAGGAAACAAGAGCGUGCAAUGAAGACCCUUGUCCAAGUAAUAAUUUACUUUCAUAAUUUUUAUCUACAAGGUGUAUUAGAUAUCACGCAUUUUAUUUAUCCCUCGUUCUUGUGAGUGCCAGGGACGAUUCCUGUUUUGCUUGGUUUGUUCACGUCUUGCGUUUUACUUCGCUGGUAGACAAUGCGAAAAUUGUGUUAAACUAAGGGAUCAAAAUCAACUUGUUUUCUAUGACAAUGCCAAAUGGAUGUGGACCAAAAAUAUUAAAAGAAGAAUAUGGAUAGCUUUUCGAAUGAUGCAUUAUGAGGGAGAAACAACAACAUUUUGUUCUUGACUCUACGUAAGACACUUUGCCAAUGUUACUGUGCGAUAGAAGGCCAGGUUCUUAGGCAAAGAUGGCGAUCAAAACAAACUGGAGACAGACUCCAUCACUUUUCGCUAGAAUUCAUGGGAAAAGAAGUGCUUUUUACGUCGUUCUUGAGGCAAAAUAGACACAUUUUUCCUUUUUUCCAGUUGUUGUGGCAGACAUUUUGUGAGCGGAUCUGGGCUGAUUUUCAUUAUGACUAAAAAUUUGAACAUUGUUCGACGGCAUGACGGUUAACAAUGGUAACCUCUUAGCAUUCCUCUACGUUUUUCUUACCGUUUCCUGGUCACGUUUACAGCGAGGGUGAAGAGUGUCACUCGGGAAGUAACGCUCCUUGCAUAAGGUCAUAUCACAAUGACCUUGGCCUGAACUCGAACAUGGAUCUAAUGAUCCACAGCCUUCAAUAGCAGGUUAACCAAUGUGUUACCCCCUUAAUCUUUUGCCCGGAAAAUUUCCAUUUCAUUUACAGCACCUUAUGAUCCAUAAAGGUAGCUGGUUUGUGCUUCGUGAAUUCCCAUUUUGAUUACGGCAUCAUGUAAUCCAUUUUCAACCUCUUUACCUUUUGAAUACAGUUGGCAAUAACUCUUGUUUAAUCUAUCAAAUUUCCAACCUCAUCCUUUUGCACGCAUUUAACGGCAAUUGGUCCUAUGUCUUGUUAGUUACCGUUAUUAUUACGUCAUCAUAUGGUCCACAUUCUGCACACAGUUGAUGGUAACUGGUCCGAUUGGAAUGAUUGGAGUGACUGUCCAGUAACGUGUGGAGGUGGAGUCCAGGAAAGAUCAAGAACUUGUACCAAUCCUCCAGCACAAUUCGGAGGAAAGCCUUGCUCUGGGAAGAGCGAAGAAACCCGUGCUUGUAAUGAAGAUCCUUGUCCAGGUACUUUGUAGAGGCCAUAUCACCUAAUAUUAUUUUGAUCGGUUUUUACCACGCUCAAGUUUGCGAAUCUUUUCUUACAACCACAUAAUUUUUCAAAGCUUAUUUCUGAGGCCAAAUUCGAGCUCUUCUACUGUUCCCACAACAAUCAAGCUUUCCAUGUUGGUACUGGUGCAUGAUUAAAUAACGAAACGAAACGAGUGAGUUGAUUGGAUAUUAUUUUUUGGUUGGGCCUUCUCUUUGUGUUUCUCUUUUUGCUCCGUAAUUGCUAACUCUAAUUUAGCAAACAGGGAACAUUUUCGGUUGGUGUAAAUUAACCACCACGUCACGAACAAAGGUAAUAAGGAUAGUGGAAGUUUGGAUCAGUCCAGAGAAAGACUACGGUAAAUUGGAUUUUACUAAAACUUGUCUGAUAUGCACCGGACAAGUCUACUGGAAAACAACUGGUAUCAAUUGUUCAGCGUACCAACAACUGGAGGGCAUUAACAAUAUGUUGAAAUAUCAUUUGUUUUCUCAAUCCAAUCUGAUGGAGGGGUCUGGACGGAACAUGACAAUCCUAACCCAAUAUCCAUGGUUACUGAACGAUAUAAUCCUAGGCUGUGACUGGCGCCUCUGGAGUAAAUCUUUGAGAGUUAUCAUGUGUUCUUCGGUCAAGGCUGGAAUUGUGUCUCAUUGUCAAAGUCCUUGUUGCAGUUGACGGCAGUUGGUCCGACUGGAAAGACUGGAGUGAUUGCCCAGUCUCGUGAAGUGGUGGAGUACAGAAUCGAUCUAAAACCUGUACCAAUCCCCCGGCCCAAUUUGGAGGGAAGUCAUGUCCUGGGGAGGGUGACGAAACAAGAGUGUGCAAUGAAGACCCUUGUCCAAGUAAAUUCUUACUGAUUAUGAUGCACAACUGGUUAUCAUUGGUAGUUUAAACCGAUUUAUCGUUCUCUGGGCUUUUCAAUUGAAUCCCUCAUCUCCUUUGCUACUGUAUCUGCUCAAAGACCCCUUUUGAAUCCUUGUUGCAGUUGACGGUAAUUGGUCUGACUGGAAGGACUGGAGUGAUUGUCCUGUGACGUGUGGUGGGGGAGUACAGAAUCGAUCGAGGACAUGUACCAAUCCCCCCGCUCAAUUUGGAGGGAAACUAUGCCCAGGGGAGAGUGACGAAACCAGAGUCUGCAAUGAAGAUUCUUGUCCAAGUAAAUUUUUACUAUGUUGUGAUGCACUGAUGCUGGGCAUUGGUUACUUUAACCGUCCAGUAACUAUCUGGUCUUUUUCAAUAUCUUUAUCGGUCGUCCCUGUUGAAACUGUGUGUCUUGUAAGUCUUGUAAUUGGUCUGACUGGAAGGACUGGAGUGAUUGCCCACAUGUGGUGGCGAGGUACAGAAUCGAACCAGAAAUUGCAAUAAUCCCCUUGCGGAGUUCGGAGGAAAGCCAUGCCCUGGGGAGGGUGACGAAACAAGAUCUUGUAACGAAGCCCCAUACCCAUGUAAACCGUUUCUGCUUAAAAUAACAAAUUCAUCUCGAGGGCUGAGAGUUUGUUUUCUUUUCAAUUUAUCUCUGUUAGGCUAAAUCAAUUUGAACUAGAAUAUUUUCCUGUUUUUAUGACAUGGCUUGAUCUUUGCAAACCUUAACGCAAUCUAUCAAUCUUGAUGAGGAUUUGUUAAAAAUGGCAAGAACAAAAAACCAAGACAAUUUCCAAUGCUGGUUUUUCCCCCGCAUAUGGUUGAAAGCUCAAAUUUCUGCGAUAAAGCGCCUUCGUCCUACUACAUGUCUAACGAGUUUUGUCCAGUUCUAUUUCCUCAACUUAUUUAAAAAUUUGUUAAAUUAAUACAAAUCAAAGUUUAGUAUCGAAGCUACUGCCCUUUUAUAUUCGUAUACACCUUUUGAGAGGAUUGAUAAUGUCUGAGGUUCAAAAUAGGUUGAUGGAAAGUGGUCAGAUUAGACAACAAAAAGUGUAGUUUGUUUUACUUCCCUCUCAUAAGCCAAAGUAAAGGUAAUUGGUGAAAACCUAUAUUCCUUUUUAAUUCAGUCGAUGGUAACUGGUCUGACUGGAAGGAAUGGAGCGAUUGUCCUGUCACGUGUGGUGGUGGAGUCCAGGAAAGGUCAACAACUUGUAGUAAUCCACCGGCGCAAUAUGGAGGAAAGCCAUGUCCUGGAGAGAGCGAAGAAUCAAGGGCUUGCAAUGAAGACCCUUGUCCAAGUAAUUAUCUACUUUCAUCUUCAUUUUACAACGGGCCUGCCCCAGUAAUCGGCAGUUUUUGACUAAUUUUGAGUUCCUUUUAGACUGAUCUUUGGAGUUUACAAGCUAUUUUCUUUUUUAUUCUCUAUCACAAGCCAAAGUAACGGUUAUCGGUGUAAACCAACUUUUUCUUCAAUUCAGUUGAUGGUAACUGGUCUGAUUGGAAUGAAUGGAGCGAUUGUCCUGUCACAUGUGGUGGUGGUGUCCAGGAAAGAUCAAGAAGUUGUAGCAAUCCACCGGCGCAAUUUGGAGGAAAGCCUUGUCCUGGAGAGAGUGAGGAAUCGAGAGCUUGCAAUGAGGACCCUUGUCCAAGUAAUAAUUUACUUCCAUUUCAAUUAACAACACACUCACCCAACCAUCUUCCCUUAAUCUACAUUUUCUCUAAUAACUGCGGGUGAUUUUCUAUAUAAUCCCCAUUCGACAAAGUAACGUUUAGUGAUUAAAACAAAUUUUUCACUGUGAUUUAGUUGAUGGUAACUGGUCUGAUUGGAAAGAAUGGAGUGAUUGUCCUGUCACUUGUGGUGGUGGAAUGCAGGAAAGAUCAAGAACUUGUAGCAAUCCACCAGCGCAAUUUGGAGGAAAGCCUUGUCCUGGAGAGAGCGAAGAAUCGAGAGCUUGCAAUGAAGACCCUUGUCCAAGUAAUUAUGGGUCCAUUUUUUUCCUUUUUUAAGCUAAAGCAAUGCCAAAUGAUGCAAAAAAUGCUUUUCUUUCCUAUUCAGUUGAUGGCAAUUGGUCCGACUGGAAGGACUGGAGUGAUUGCCCAGUCACAUGCGGUGGCGGAGUACAGAAUCGAUCUAGAACCUGUACCAAUCCCCCUGCUCAAUUCGGAGGAAAGCCAUGCCCUGGGGAGAGUGAUGAAACAAGAGUGUGCAAUGAAGACCCUUGUCCAAGUAAAUUCUUACUCAUCAUGAUACAUUUUUCUCUUGAUACUACUGCAAUUGUAACAAAGACCACUUAAAUCAGCGCAGUCAUUGAAGACGAUGAUAUGAUGCCAUUAUUGACUUAUGAAAAAUAUAACCGAAAUGUCUUGUUCGCCCUUUGCAGUUGAUGGAAACUGGUCCAAUUGGGGUCCUUGGAGCGAGUGUACGGUCACGUGUGGUGGUGGUAAACAGAUCCACACUCGUAGUUGUACUAAUCCCCCGCCGGCAAAUAAAGGACUACUUUGCAUUGGUGAAAGCGAGGAGUCACGGGAAUGUAAUAUUGACCCGUGUGGAAGUAAGAGACAUCCAAUUAUAUAAUGAAUGUGAGAGUGAACUUCGCAAUAAUGAACGCUACUUAAGCAGGUCCGAAAAAAAUUCAGGCCUAUAUUUUCAAUGUUGCUUAAGUAGUUUUCAUUUCUGCGAAGAUCGCCCUCAUAUUAAUUUUUUAAUCCAAAGCUCGCGUAUAUGUUUUUCGUAUAUUUACAGACAUUAACUAUAUCAUGUUUCCUCAAUCAUAAACACCAUUAUGUUUUGCAAAAUUACAAAUAAGACUGGGAGCUAUUCAGAUAAAUGUCGCCGGCGUUCCACCAAGUUUGCACAAGCUUAGACCAAAUUCUGGGCGAGGAGCCCAUUCACACAUCUAAACCUGUUACUGGUAAAUAAUGAUUCAAUUCCACUCUAAACUGGGGAAUGGCGGCUAUAAAAGUUACUAGUAAUAGUAUUUAGAUAUUUGAACGAUUUUUCAUCAGCAGUUAUGGUAACAUUAGGUGAUAGUGACCGAAAGACGAUAGACGAGCUGGCGAAAAUCGCCUACUACCGGUACUUACUGACGGCUCUGCUUACUUGUUCGGUUGUUUCGUUUGUUUUUACGUCAAAAAGUUGUGGAGGACAAGGCACACAUUAUUUUCUCAUUUCAGCGGUCUUAGAUGAAAAGGGACUCUAGUUAGUUUAACUUCAAUCCAAGGUUAAUGUAACUCUUAGCUUUGUUGCUGGAGCCGACCGCCCUUCAUGGUUUCAUGUUGGGAUGUCUUUAACGAUGUUUGUUGCAUUUCCAUUUAAAGGACCCGCAGUGAUAACACACAUAAACACGUCAAUUACCACGACCGUGGUUGGGGGUAAAGUGGAGUUACAGUGUGUUUCCGACGGGGAUCCCACACCCACAGUUACGUGGUACAGUCCUAACGGUACAGAACUGGUCACCAUCACAGGAGACAGCACAAUAUUUAUUGUGGUAGAUGGUCCAAGCGACUUUGGUGACUACCGAUGUAAGGCUUACAAUGGAUUCGGUCCACCAGUUGAGAGAGUAGUAUCUGUGGAUCCUAUCGGUAAGUCAUCUAUUCCAGCUUCUGAAUCAGAGAUCCCUUUGCUGUUGAUCAAUAGUCUGUACUCGAACCAAGUGACCUAUCCAGCCGGAGCCCAUUUAUACUCCUGAAUGGAGAGAGGGAAUGUGGAAGUAACGUGUUUUGCCCGAGAACACAACAAUUAACCAGGCAAGGUCUUGAAUCCGGACCUCCCUUGGCUGUUGAUCGGUGAAAUAAUUCUAAGCAAGUUUGAUGUCACAUUGCAACCCUUUGAAAUGAAGUCGGUCAACCUUUAUUUGAAUGAAACACUGCGUGAAGAGGAGCGAAAUCUACUGAUUUGUCUUUUUCUUGUCUCUUCCGUAUGACUUAAUCGACGGCAGUACCACAGAAGGUAAGAAGGAUAUAAUUUUUUAAAACUAGCUGCAAAGCGAUAGCUUAAUUGAUGUGUUUAGUGUCAGGUCAGUUGGAGAAACUUAGAGCACUACUAUUAAAAUCCUUCUUAGUUAUCCAGAGCAUUCAAAUGUAAUCCAAAAGUAUUUGUUUCUUUGAUGGGUACAACGAUUAAUUGUAUCUCUAAAUGUUCAGUGGGUAGCCGAAGCUAUUGCAUUCUGCAGUCGGCAACUUUAUUCAGAAGCGUAUUUUGCACGAUCAGAAAUGAGGACAAGGGCGCUACAGUAUGACUCUUUAAAGUUCGACUCGCAAUAGACAAUACUCAAAGGGGACGGACAAUUUUCAUUUAGCCAUUCCAAAUGGCCUCCUUAAACACUUUCACAAAGAGAACACAACGGUAGAUAUUUUAUUGUCAUUUUGUUCCUUAGAUUGGACCUCCAGGGGAUCCCGGACCUAAAGGCGACAAGGUAUGAUAAUAUAUUUUACAACUGGUACUAGAGUUACUGAUUUUUCGUUGGUAACCUAUGGCUUACAACAAGCCUCAGGGACCACACUUGUUGAGAGCUUGGAAAUGUAUGAAAAGCCGCAAAAUAUUCUAGAAUUUUAUUAAACGAAAAUAAAUAGAUGAAUCAAGUAAUAUUGAAUUCAAAAGAUUAGUAUUGAUCAUUAACGUAAAUAUUAUACAAAUCGGUUUCCCUUUAAUAAAUAACAUUUUGAGUUAGGAGCAAUGCUCUCUGCUAACUGAUAACCAGGCGUAAAAGGAGGCCUUCAAAUCCUUAACCCUUUAAUUCCCAUGAGUGACUAAGAUAAAAUUUUUCCUUAUAAUAUCAAUACAAUAUCAACCAGAUAAAUGAUGAGAGUAAAGAAAAAUAUCAAUUUGGGGAUAAAAAAGUUGAUCCAAUACUAAAUUCUCUGCACCAACAUCAUCAGAAUUGUAUGAUUGACAGUAAGGAGAGUCAAAAAUUUGAUUUGGGAGUUAAAGGGUUAAUUACCUCCCUGUUCCACUUUUUUCCUUAUGUAUUUACACCCUAAUAUCAGUAUGCAUAUUCUCCAUACAUUUCCUAUGGUUAUCACGAAUGAUUUGAUUAGCUGAUGAUCAUUUCCUUUUUUUCUCGUGACCUUAAUGUUUGAUUCAGGGUGGAUAUUGUGAGAGGAGACUAGAUGCUAGUCACUCUUAGGCGUCAAAAGGCUAAUAGUUUAAGUUUUAGAGGUUCAACACUAGUCUUAAAGCCGAAUGAAUCCUGUACUUUAAGGGUGAUAAAGGCGGGCCAGGACCCCCCGGAUCACAAGGUGACCGCGGAGUGAAGGUGAGAUAGCUUUAACCCCAUCGCUGACCGCUUAACUUCUUUUAUAUAAUUUGAUAGAGAUCCGAGCAACUCGUGCCCUGUUAGGCACAAUUUUAGAACUUGUUUAUAACGAAAGAAAAGAACGAGGCAGUCUUCAUAGUGCUUCUUUCCAAAGAAGUUCACUAGCGACCUCGGAAGGCGUGCACGAGAAGAAAAUCGUGUUAUUUUAAAAGUACUUAUUCUGAUAGUCUUCUCCAGAGUAAUAUUUGUGAUAAGUCCUAUGUAGCUGUUUCGUUCUCCACCCUUAAAACCUUAUUGUUCAACUUGCCAAUAUCCAUUCUAUUUUCGUCAGGGUCAACCGGGUGUUGACGGUCCUAAAGGACCCCGUGGGCCGCCGGGGCCCCCGGGGCCUCCUGGAAAAGUUAUUUUAAAUUUCACUGGACCUGAUAUUGGGCCACUCGAGGGCAGGGUGGUAAGUAAACCUUUCUUCUUUGGUAUACUUAAAAAAAACAUUUAACAUCCAUGAUGAUUUAUAUCUUUAUGCCUUAACACUAUUUGUAGCUGCUUAUUCCCUAGCAGUUGUAUUGCAGAUAAAAUGAAAGAACACGGAAAUUAUCUUAUGUUCAAAAAGCAGCUGAGUUCUCUUGCACAGUUUCUGCACUACUUAAAUUGCGUUUCACAUCGAGGGAAAUUUUUACACUUGAAUAUCAUUUCCAGGUCAAAAUACAAUUUAUUUCAUUAAAUUAAAUCUGACUUCUCUUUCGUUCUGUAAAGAAUUUACCCUUGUUGUCAGUGAAACUACAGCUAGGCUCAGCCAUCAGCUCGCUCAUUGCUCGACAGAAGAGGAGUAUACCCCGCGUAAAAAGCAAUUUGACAGCAGCUUAAGAAACCAUACUCGAUAUAUGAUCAAAAGCUAUGGUGAAAGACGUUUUGUGUAUCAACACUACAGCCUGUUUGUUUUAGGUUCCGGGUGGCUCUAAAGGACCUAAUGCUGGAUUCAUUACAGUGAAAGGAGAACCAGGAGAGCCGGUAAAAUCGUAUUGAAGUCGAAUUUAUUCAUGCUCCCUUGCUCGAAAUGGACGGUUAUGUUCGUUAAAUUAUUUUACAUUUGCUCUCUUUUUUCGUUUCUUGCUUUUCAAAUGGAAUAUUUUAGGGGUCUCGUGGAGUAGCGGGAACUCCGGGUUACCGUGGGCCAGACGUGAGUAAAAACUUGAAUUUGCAGUAAUAGGUGAUCUGUAUCUUUUUUUAUUAUUUCAAUGUGGUUUGCCCAAGAAGAGGCAUUGUGGUUGGGUUGAGAGCGCAUUGGACUAACAAUUCAGAGAUUACGGUGAUUAGACUCGUAAACUGUCGAUUAAAUGUGACAUUUUUUCGGUAACUAGAUGCACAUCUACGUCUUUUAAAGCGCUCGUACUGGUACCAUAUUGGCAAGGCAUUCAUACGGUUUUCACUUUAACUUUACGGGCAUAAAAAAUUGGCAUGUUGAAAGCACCUAACAGCGUGUGGAAAACAUUAUUCCUUCCAGUGCAGUGUUUUAGCCCUGCUUGUGAAAAGAGCCAACUCGCGCGUGCACUAUUAAGCCGCGACGGUGAUCUGCGACUGUGAACACAAGCAACCUCAUAUUUUAAAUCCAGGCUUGAGUAGAAAAUGAAAAGAAGAGAAAAUGGAUGCUAAUCCAAUUACUGAGUAGAUUCUUUCUACAGAACAUGGUCUGUGAAGCGGUCAAAGCACGAUACAUGGUUUCAGGAUUAAUGAGAAUCAUUACUUACAUCUAACAGACAAACUUCGUCUUUAUUCAUCCAGGGCACGCCAGGGGAGAAAGGACAAAUGGGGCCUGAAGGAGGGAGAGGAAUAUCGGUAAAGCUGAAUUUAGACCUUUUAAACCAGAAAUUCAAACAGUAGUCUCAAUUUAACGAGGUAGCCUUUUGUACGGAUAUUGUAUGCUUGCUUUGCUUAACUUUAGAGGUUAACAAUUUUUCGGAGAUCGAUAUUUUAUGUAAACUAAUCUGGCAUUAUUAAGGAGGACCCCGUGUCCUCGUUCACCUAAAUGAAAGGUUAAAUUUAGAUGAAAGUGUGAGAUCUAUAUCAAAUCAAUCAAUGAUAACAAGAGGAAAUGCUUUUUGACACUUGUUUGUAGGGCGCACCUGGUUUACCAGGCCCUCCAGGUUUGCAGGGAAGAAACGGAGAGGAUGUAAGUAAAAGUGUAAUUGAAAUAUCUCCACGUUUCAUCCCAAAUGCUGCAAUUUACAAUCCGUGCUAGUUUCGUAAAAAUGUAAAUCGGGUGUGAUAGUGAUACGCAUUUACUUCGUCGUACAAAGUAUUAAUGUGUAUUCAUUUGUUAAUGAAGGGUGCUCCUGGUCCCACGGGUGAGCCUGGUGAGACUGGUGUCCAAGGAGAACCGGUAAACGAUAAGCUACUCAAUUACUCAUUAUUCCAAAGUUAGGUCGUUAUGGAUAAAAGUGAGACCUUGCCGUAUAGACCGAGCGAUAACGUGUCAGGUGGUCAGGAGUCGAUGAAUCGGUCACUAAUUCAAUGGCAAUCAGCAGACAGUCCGUCGAACGUUCAGCUAAUUAUCCACUAAUUCAGACAGAUAGCUAAACUGAAUCACUGAGCCAAUUAGUCAGAAAGUCUGCAGGCAAGUCAACCAGUCAGUCACUCAGUCAGUCAGUAAGUAAGUAGGUACGACAGUCAGUCAAUCACUGUCAGUAAAUCCCAGUCAGUUAGCCACGAGUCAAUCAGUCCACUUCUUGGUAAUUCAGUUAGUCAGAGAGUACGUUUAUCGCUGUCGGAAUUCACAAUCAGUUAGUCACAAGUUAGUCAGUCAGUCAGCAAGCUAAUCAGUCAGUCAUCCAGCCAGUCGGUGAGUCAGUUAUUCAAUUAGUCAGAGAGUCGGUCAGUCUGCAGUCAUUCAGAGAGUAAGUCAGUCGGUCAGUUCAUCAGUUAGUCACUCUUGUGUUUGUAGCGCAAAACAACCGUUUGUUUGUCUAUCAAAUAUUCGACACGAUCUAUAAAACAUUUAUUUGUUGCAGGGACCUGUUGGGAACCCAGGUCCCAUUGGUUUAUCUGGUAUCAAAGGCGAUAGGGUAAGUAAUUAUCGUCACUGUUGUUGUUUAAUUUCUUUUUUUGUUGUUGUGCUACUAAGUCCUUAAUAAGUGUUUUCAUGAAUAUUGUUCGCAUCCGACCAGUGUAUUUAGAUUUCCAAUUAUCUUGCUACCUCAGGGCAUGAAAUUGCGCCCAAUACAGGCGCGAUGAAAGCGUAAAAAAGAGGUUUUGUUUGUCUUUGAAAAUGGCGACCAACUUUUCUUGAAUUGGCUACCACUUUGAAGAAUUUAGGAGCCAAGUGGCUGUCAGGAAAAAAAAAUUAAUUUCACGCCCUGUACCUUGAGCGACAAUUGUGCAUCUAACAGUUUUGUAAGACUCGAGCGAUAAUCUUACCUUAACAAGAAGCAUUGUUAAUUUUUUUCUGAUUGAAACUGGAAAACUUUCCAGGGAGAACAAGGUGAACCAGGAGAAGUAGGAGAUCAGGGUAAAUUUGGACAAACGGUGAGUCAACGCUUUACACCCUUACGUAAGUAUUCGUAUUCUCUAUUCUGUUUUUGUACAUUUACUAAGGUGCUGACAAGGAGAAUUUGUCGAACAAUCAAUAGUUUCUUUAGUUGGUGAUCAUUUCUUCUAGUCUCAUGACGUUAAUGUGAGAUUCAGUGGUGAUAUUUUAAGGAGAAAAUAGAUACUAGUCACUCAUAGGUGCUGAAGGGUUAAGCAAGGCAAUAAUCAUGUACAUUUGCAUUCCUCUUUGAAAUGGAUGAAAACCGUUCAAAGGUGCUGCUAUUUUAAGCGGUCAUUUACUGGAACAAGAUGACAAGAUUUUGAAAUUCUUUGCUGUUUUUCCCAUUGUUCCACGCUGGUGCCAAAUGCUCAAAAUGUCUCUUUUCCCUUUCUAAAUGUUUUUAUGUCCGUGUUUGUUUAGGGAUUUGAUGGAAAACCUGGUCGAAAUGGCGUCAAUGGGAGGAAGGUGAGUUUUAGAAGACAAUUGCCACCGUAACUAGUAAGGGAAGUUUUUUUCGAGAGAGAAGUUACCCACAUUUUUCCUUAAAGACGAAAAAAUCGGACCAGUCAACAUGUUAACCCAGAAGUUCCGCCAGUAUUUCACGUUAAUACUUUUCUUUUUAUCAUUCGUACCUUUAGGGAGAACAGGGACUCCCGGGUCCGCUUGGGGUUCCGGGACUCAGAGGUUCACCUGUGAGUAAAAAAACGAACUGUGUUGUGUCCUUUGUACAAUCUGGAAUUGUCCGACUAGUUUUCGAAACACUGUGUCUCGAAUUGUUAUUUAGCAGGCGAAGUGACAAUAAUAGACUCUUAAAUAAUGGAUGUUCAACAAUUAUUAUCACAUUCUGGAAAGGCAGUACUUUGGUAAGGAGUCUUUCACCGAUAAAUGUUAACAACCGUUAUAUGUAUGAAGGAAAGCCGUGCCCAUUCAUAAAACUGUAGAUAAAUUUGGUUUAAACAACUGAGUUGAUAAUAUAAAUUGGCCACCGCGCAGCGUUUCAGAGCUGACGUUUCUAGCGUUGCAAUUGGCCCUACAUCAGAGCAAAUGACGAACGGCUGACGCUCGAAACGUCAGCUAUUAAACUUUCUAUGGGGGCCAAUUUUCUUUAUGAACUGAGCUGAUACAACCAAAAUUAUUUUGUUAUACCGACUACCUACCGACGCUGCUCCGCAGUUACAUUAGAAACUUUUUAUUCAUUGAUAAAAAAGGUGGUUCACAAUGAGACGAUUAUCUUUCUCAAACUGGGAAUUUUUUUUUUUUUUAAAUGGUUCACUGAGGCGAUUGUAAUUUUAUUUCUUAUUAUCAUGGCAGGGUCAACAAGGUCUACCGGGCGGGCCAGGACCAGAAGGACCAGCGGUAACUAACAGAACUGUAUUUUAGGUUGCAAUAUUUGCAAACUAUCUAGCUUGAUGGGUAUGAGAAAAUUAUACAUUGCAUCAGACCGGUCAUGGUCUGUUGUAGUGUUUUUUUUUUCUCUUUGCCAGUUGUCUCCCUUCUUUCAAUCGCCCGAAUCAUUUGUCUUUGUAUAGCUUUCUAAGUGUUGAGCCCAUUUUUAACCGACACUAAACAAUCUUCAGGGUGCCCCCGGAGAAAUAGGUGAACCAGGAAAUGCUGGAGCUCCUGGACUGAAAGGCGACAGAGGGCAACCUGGGUUACGUGGGAAACGCGGUUCAAACGGGGAAACUGGGCCCAGUGGACCAACUGGACAGAAAGGAGACUCGGGUGAAAAAGGUCGACGUGGCCAAACGGGACAACCUGGUGCCAAAGGAGCGAUGGUAUUGAAAGACAAUUUUGUUACAAAUUUUCACGCUUUAUAGUUCUACGUGUUAUAUCUUCUUCGGAGUAUUACUUGAUCUAUGUUAGAUUCUGUAAAUUCUUUAAAAUGACUUACACCGGGUAAUAGAUAAUAAACAACGCAAGAACUACCUGUAUUGUGGUUAUCAUUUGGCAUCACGUGGCCCCUUUGUCACAAAGAAUAUGGUAUUUGUUGAAAAGAAAAAGAGCGCAAAAGUCGAUUUUUUUUAGGCUCCUCGUUUACAGCGAGUUGUGAACAUCGUUUCACAACUCGACACUGCAUUUUCUAUGUGGUUCUCAUCAAGUUGCAAUAUGGGUAAAUUUGAAAGUCGUACCUUUUGGGAAAAAUGUUGAGUCACUGCCUAUAUUUGAUAAUGAAGACAUUAUUUCUAACCGUCAGGGUCUCGUCGGCAACAUGGGCCUCAGAGGAGAACAAGGGAAGGAGGGCGCUCCGGUAGGUAGCCUUAAGAAAUUUGAAAAGCCCCAACUUAAGUGUUCGUAUUCUACUCACUGUUCUUUACACGUAAAAUGAAGUACUGAUAAAGAUCAUUUUUCUGGCAAUCUGGAGCUUUUCAAACAAGUGAUUAUUUCCUUUUUCUCUCGUGACCAAAAUAUUUAAUUUAAGGGUGAUACUGUCAAGAGAAAUCGGACGUAAAUCACUCUUGGAGUUUGAAGGGUUAACUUUUUUCAUGUCAACAAAUAAGUCCUUAAUUAUUGUUUAUAUAAUAAAUUGAUUAGUAACUUGCCGCAACUCUUCAUUAUACUGUAGCUUUAACUGCCUGGUUACUUGUCAACUCCAAAAAACGCAAAAUCAUGUAGCACUUAAUGAGAACAAGGUCAAACAUGGUGUUCACAGUUUCUUGAUUUUCUCAAAAUUGUGUUCUUUUCUCUGUUUGCAAGGGAAUCGAUGGUCAACCAGGCUCGGAGGGAGGAAGAGGAGAGAGGGUGAGUUAAUAUUGAAAAAAUUUGAAAACGCAGGUACACGAACAAGCGAGGUGCAAAACGAUAGCGUAAUAUGUGAAAGUCUUGGAAGGUUCACCUUUCAUUUAUUUUCAAUUCAGCAUCCCUAAAUAAAAAGGAACGUUAACAUUUCAUGAAUAACUUUGGUGAAUGACGUUCCAUUAAAAGACUUAAUUUCCUCAGCGGAAAAAAUUUGACGGAAAGGAUUUCAACAUGACAACGCUUGUGAGAAUCUGAAAUUCCUAACAACGAGUAUUUGUCUUAUGUGUUAGCAGUGCUGAGAGAAAAAAAAAGGGAAAUAAAGGUUGGUAAAAACACACUGAGAACUACAAAAAUAGCUGUAUUACAUUUGCAAUGACCUCAUGCAAGAUAGCAUUUUUAGGGCCCCCCAGGAACAGCAGGACCAAGAGGAAGACUAGGAGCGAAAGGAAAUCGGGUAAAGUGCUUCACUGAUGUUAGAUCUGAAUUUGAUAUAGGUCUUAUGUUAUGUGAAAAAUUGUUUUAAAAUAAAAUAAGAAAAAUUGUUUAUGCUUAAGAGGUGUGGGGAAAGUUACGACGUAAGUUCAUUUGUUCAUGAAAUAAAAGAAAACAAUUACUACGUGAGGAGAGUUCCCCGUUAUGUACGUUUAAUCAUGAGAUUUGAAACGCAUUUUGUGAACAAUGAGAGAGCUAUAUCUUGUAAAAACAUGCCAUGAGAACUUUAUAUUUGGUUUUUCUCACUUUUUCAUCAGACGCUGGAUGUUUAAAUGCAUUUUUGAAAGAUGGUUCCUUUUUUUACUCCUAACCUAGGGUCCUUCAGGGCAGAUUGGAGUCCCUGGUCCAAUUGGCUCGCGUGGAAGAAAGGUCAGCAAGUCUAUAUGUUUGAAGACGAACAAGUGCAAGAGCUCCCCUGAUCGAGAAUUAAUAAAUAUGUUGCACCUAAAGUAUUCCGAAGCUCAAUUUCUUCUGAGAGAAUUAAUAAAUAUAUUCCAUGACGCCAUGCGUCAGUCUAGGAAUGGAUAACAGUUGACUUAAAAUUGUGGUAACAACUAAAGGGUGGCACACGGAACGCAGUCGUGUGUGUCAGUGAUAUUCUCGCCAAAUCUUGGCGUCUUCUGCGAUCUAUUACUGGACAGACGUGCCGCAACUUGGAAUAAUGUUGAUAGUGACGUCAAUCAAAAUGCGUAUGUAAUUUAGCAUAUCGUGUUAUCAAAGAAUCACCUUUUUCGUGUAAUUCUAGGGUUCUAGAGGACGACGAGGAGCAAGAGGCCUUCCUGGUGAUAUGGGCCCAGAGGUAGUGUGCUGUAUACUUUUUAGAAAAUCAACGUAAAUUUGAGUCAAAGUUGUUUUUAUAUUGAGUUUAUACUGAAAUUAAUUUUGUUAUUCUGACCGCCACGAGGCUCUGAAUGUAAAAAUUUGUAUUUGUUGUUUCUAGGGACUUCAAGGUGAAGUUGGUUACCAUGGAGCUUUUGGUCUGGCAGGGAAAAAGGUAAACGUAGUCAAACCACUAACACACAGAAGCUCAGGAGGGCCAAUCCCAAAAGCUUACAAAAGGAUUAUCUGGAUGAUCGAGGCGUCAUCGUCUGGGUGAGAGUAGUCUGAGAAGGACUAAAAUCGAUAAUGGUGAUUGACGUUCCGACAACUUUGGUGGAAGGCAUUGACUCUGAUGAUGACUUCCGCCAAGAUGGUCGGAAAGUCAAUCACUACAAGAAGGAACAGUCCUUUUCCAAGACUUCCCUCACCCGAGCGAUCAGGCUACACUACCAAAUCCUUGAAUCAUUGUUUAGCAGCCCAACUGUUACACGGUCAAAUGUAACUCCUGGGUUCGAACUUCUAAAAAGUGGAAUGAGCACGAAAAACUGGCAAUAUUAACAAAAAAUAUGAAGGACUGAAGUAAACAUUUCUGUUUUUUUAGUUUUUUUCCGAGUAAUGAAUUAUGUUUACGCCUACAGCGUUGAAAUGAAUGUGUUCACUCAAUGUCUGCUAAGUUGCAUGUCUAGUCAAUGCGUCCUGCGCAAAAAGAAAAGGAAAACGCUCUUCAACUAGAGCUAUAUUUGGAUCAAUAUCAGUAUCUGGGCAACUGCCCACCUACCCCUCCCCUAACUCAACAACAGUCAAUUGAUAACAAGUUAGGGUUAAUGUUGGGUUAGGGGAGGGGUAGGUGGGCAGUUGCCCAGACACUGAUAUUGAUCCCGAUAUUUUUCAUGCACAUAUAUUAUUCUCAAGUACUUUCGUUCUUUUGAAAGGGCAACGCUGGAUUACCAGGAAUAGACGGAAUUCCUGGAACCAAAGGAGAUCAGGUAAAGAAGAGAUGAGAAGUUUGAAUAUUCUCAUUACCUGUUUGCUGGAUAAAGUAUGGAUAUUGUACUGAGAAGUUAAAGGGUUAACAGCAAUUGUGCUUGUUUCCUGGAAUUAAGGCUUGCUCAAGGUAUCUUCAUCUCUUCAUUAGGGAUCUCCUGGAGUGGCUGGAAAUCCUGGGAGCCCUGGAAUGAGGGUUAGUUAUUUUCCAGCAAGUGUUUAUAACUGAGAAAUUCAGUUUUUUCUACAUUACUACAACAAAAGAUUUUUUUUCUACCUUGAUUUAGGGGAUUGGUGGACAGAGAGGAAGAGCAGGGAAUCCGGGGGCGAUUGGAUCAAAGGUGAGCGUUUGACAGGGGUUUCAAUGAAAACUAGUUAUCGGUGGGGUGUACCGCUGCCUAUAAGAGCUCUUACCGCCGUCUGUCAAGCCUAAGGCAGGCUUUCGUGUUGGGUUUCCCUUCACAGACCCUUUUCCGGGUAUGGCCACCAAUUACAGCGCUGGCAGCCACUUAUGGAAAAAGUCAUUGAAAACCCUGUGGGGACACCCUGGCGAUACUUCUACCUUUAGAGUAAUUGAGAUAAUUGACAAAUUUAGUUGUUAUUUUUGAAAUCUUCAUUGUUAUUAUUAUUUAUUUCAGGGCUUACCAGGGGAGGAUGGCACUCCGGGAAGAACAGGAGAUACCGUAAGCUAAAUGUUCAUUUGAUAUUUAUAAGCUGUCGUAGUAGUACCUGAGCCGGAGUUUGAAAAACCAUAUGAAUUAUUUUAAGAUGGAUUCCGUCUAAAUAAUUAGACUUGCUGGCUCGAAUACUUGUUUUGAAACUCCAUAAAAAAGUAUUUCAUUCAAGAUUCUAGAUAUUUCCUAAUAAACAGGAUGAUUUCAGUGCCGGCAAUGGUAACGUUAUCCCCUGUGUACUCAGUACUCGGCGACGAUCGGAGGAGAAAACAGACGGAUUUACCUUUUGGUAACUUUAAUAAUUUGUUUGUUUUCUUUUGUUAAUCGUUAGGGUCUACCAGGCAUUAAUGGCUCACCUGGCCGUCGAGGAGCAAAGGGAACAAUGGUACUUAGCAACGUAACUUUCACUGUCCACGGACAAUGGUCAAAACAUCGAUGAGCGUUUUUUUUUUUUUUAAUUUUUAUUCAGGGCCAACAAGGUAAAGAUGGACCGUCAGGCCGUGCGGGAUCGAGAGGACUAAAGGUGAAAUUGCUCCACUUUAAUAUUUAAUUUUAGGAAUCUUCCUUCUGAUAUCCGUUAUUCAUUUUUUAUUUCGUUAUCGGUAGGGUGAUAAUGGUGCUAAAGGCUCGACUGGGACACCCGGAAGAACAGGAAGAGCUGUAAGUGCUUAAAAUCGAAAGGACAUCAAUGCGAAUAACGAAAAAAAAAAAUUAAAAGAAUACCUAUGGCCAACUAUUGCAUAAAGAACUUAAUCUAGAGUUUAAACAUGGUUGUGAACUUCUAAUUAUCGGUCUUACUGCAAGAUUGCUCUUAUCUCAAAAGCCCCGCUUCCGGAGAAUCACGGAGAGUUCUGCAAUUAUGGUAACCAUCCAACUCCGCAGAAUGAUAAACGCAUAUAUCCACAUAUCAGUGAAUGAGUGAGUGUGUGAGUGACUUAUUUGCAUAUCGGAGUCCCCAUAAAAACUUGUUUACACGAGUUAAAAAUGAGAAGAAAAUCAAGAAUCAGUCGUGAACAGAAACGAAUCAAUGCUAAUGGCUUGAAACUAUCCUUUUCUUCAAAAGGGGCGUCGUGGUGAACGAGGCAUGAUGGGUCUCCGAGGUUUACAAGGACCUGUGGUAAGUUUGUAGAGAGUAUCUGAUAUGACUUCCGCUCAUGUUACCCUAAAGACCUUCCUAGGGUCACCCUUACCUGGAAGAUAAUAGCAUACGUUCGCCAGAUUUGACAGUUGUAUUUCACUAUUCCCAUUUAUCCGUGCAUCCAUCACCCCAACCUUGUCAAUAUCAGAAUGAUGGUCGGAGCACAACAGCGAGAGCCUCGUGUUCCACUUUGUCCGCAUUGUGCUCAAGGUCUUUUAAAAGGUAUAUCUUGCUAACCAUGUAAAACUAAAGAUGUAGGUAACGGACCUGCAGUUUUCAGUUCCUGUUCGAAAGGACUAAAUUGAACGAUUUGUAGAUGAAGUUUCAAAGGUUUUAUGUUAAGAUCUGGUCUGAUCAGGUUGAAACCCUCGACCUCCCGCGCGGCAAUUCGCAUCUCUUCCAUUGAGCAACCACUGCAGUAGUUUCAUCCUCGCGUAAACUAAAACACUCUUAUCUGUAUGACUCUAGGGAGUAGCUGGAGUUCCUGGCCCUAUGGGCAACAUUGGACGUUCCGGUCUCCGGGUAAGAAAAACUGGAUGAAUGUCUCAAUGGUUUGAAACUGUAUGGAAGAAAACUCAACUUUGUAAGGUUGAGCCAGCUGAUAUGAUCAAACUUGUGCCCAGUUUCCGCCUCAAAAAAGUUUCAUUUUCCCUAUUGAUAAGCUACGGUUUCCAGGCAUUUCCUGAGCGACCCUCUUUGUAGGGAGGGAGCCUAGAGGUAUUUUUACAGCCCAAACUUUGCGUUAGUUAUUUUCUCGCUUUCUUCAGGGACGAACAGGAGAACGUGGAAAGGACGGUAAAAUUGGUCAGCUGGUAAGUCGUAACUCAGCCUCGAUAUUUGGUUCCAUGAGGAUGUUUCUUUUGUGUCGAUUAAUCAGGCAACGACUCUUCUAAUAAGCUUGUUAGUGGCCAGAAAUCUUGGUUCAUAAGAGAUUGGUUUCUCCCAAAAAGCAUAAAGGCCGCACUUCUUCAACACAAACGUUGUUGACAUGCCACAGUGUGUUGCGCUAACUAACCAAGGAUAUUAUUCUAUUUUUCCACAGGGUGACCGUGGUCCAGUUGGUAAACCUGGGCUGCCUGGACCCCAGGUAAGUCUUGAAAGUAAAUUAUAAAGUAGUAAAUUAUUCCUCUAUUAUUUUACUGACAUUUCCUUUUUGGGUAUUUUUGGUUAGGGCCCACCUGGAAAAGUUGGCAAAGCUGGAAGUAAUGGCGAAGAUGGAGCUCCGGUAAAGCUAAUAUGUGCAUCCAUUAGAAUGUAUUGCUUUAUGUGAGCAGUUUAUUCUUUGGAAAAUUAAAACUGUGAAUCAGCAUAUGUGAAGCCAAAGCAACAUGUAUUGUUACUAAAACCUCUCUUUUUAUCCUUGAGUUAAUCUAUUCGCUUAUAAACCAUUCAACCUGUAAGUAUUCACAACGAGUGAAAAGGCAUUAUCUGAGAUCAAACGUGUGAGGAAAACUAUGACUUUCUCAUAUAUUUAUCUUUGUUUCUUUUUCAUUAACAUAUUCUUUGUUUCUAUUUUUAAGGGCGGGGCAGGACAACGUGGAUCUCGAGGUCGAAAUGGAAAUUCAGGCUCACCUGUAAGUAGAUGUUUGGUUAUCUACAUUUUAGUCGCGCGCAGAAUCAGAACUUACAUAAAAUUCGUGAAAUAUGUGACGCAACAAUUGAGUUAUAUUACCCUGCUUUCCUGCCCCACAUAAAAAAUAAAUGGUAGGGCGUUGAACCAUUGAUUUAUUUUUUAUUUUAUUUGGCGUGAAAGUCUUAGGGCAAGCGCAGGUUACACUCCCUUAGCUGUAUCGAUAGCAUAGCGCGCUUAUUCACCUCUGAAAAACGUUAAAAAGUAAACCAGUUCUGUCAGCAGAAGCGAUUGGUAAGUACCGGAACUUUUUUUCUUUUCAGGGUUGGCCGGGGUUACGUGGGUUUUCUGGAAAAAGAGGAUCGAAAGGAGAAAAGGUUUGAAAAUAAUUUUCAUCUCCUUAUACCCUCAGCGGUAGUAUGCACAUUCUCCACACUACUCUCUCUACAUUCCUGGUGUGAUGGAGACGAGGAGAAUUUGGUCAGAAAAUCAAGAGCUUAUGAAGUUGUGAUCAUUUCCCUUACCUUCCUUUAACAUUGCUAAAGUCUGUUUUGUGUCACAAAUUGUUUUCAACAUUCUUAUAGAGGUGUCAAUUAAGGAUUGUACCUAACUAAAAGGACAAGGGGACCUCUCAACCCUUUUUUAUGGACUUUUGGCGUAAUUUCUCAUUUUGUUACAGGGAAUUGCAGGGAAUCCUGGCUUGCCUGGUGAUGAUGGUCAGUCUGGUGCCCCGGUAAGCUACUCAACUUUCUCAGUGAAGUUCACUUACUUCUGACAUAGCGAUUUUAUUAUGUAUUUAAUCAUGUAAAUAUCUUUUUUUUAUUGCACUCAUUUUGGACUGGUGAUCUUCGCAACCUAAUUGUCUCUCAGCGCAGUGCGAUUGACUCGAUUCAUUGAGAAUGUGUUCAGUUUUAAGCCGGCUUUUUUGAAAAAUAAUCAAACAGUGCACAUGUUACUUUUAUAAUUGGACAGUGUAAUAAUCAAACUUACUCUGGGAAAUAUUUCGUCCUUUUUUAUAAUAACAUUCUAUUUAUCAUCAUUUGAAGUGCGCUCUAUUAAGAACCGUCCUCUUCAUCUCUUGUGGUACGUAAGGCAAGAAUAAUUUCUUUGCGUUUAGCUCUGUUUUUUUACAGCAUAUUAUGUCUCCCCACAUUCAAGUUUUACCUCACCGAGCUCAUCAAGCUCACUAGGCUCACCGAGCUUAGCAAUUUUAGCUCGGCGCCAGGACUCAGUUCAGAGACCGUUUUUAAUUUUGACAGGGAGAGGACGGAAGACCUGGAUCACUUGGAAUGCCAGGUCCACGUGGAGCAAAAGUGAGUGAUUGCCAUGCCGGUUACGUACGUUGGUAUGGAUCUUUUAGGAUGAAGUUCAUGUAUGGCACUUUGAUAAGAGUCAAAAAGAGUUGCAUGUAUUUAAUGAUAUUUAGAUGAUCUCGUCGACGCCAUAUUGACGGAUUAGGCUUCAUCAAUAGGGAGAUUACGCCACCGAAUCGCUGUAAACUUGAUCGUCUUGUUUAUCUCUUACUGUCAUCAAGAAUGGCUUGCAAUUCCCUUGUUGUAAAAUGUUCCGAAUAGCUUCUUCGUGUAACGGGAAAAGUUGCACUUAUAAGUACGAAGAAUCUGUGGGAUCAAAGCGGGCAAUCCCAAGCGAGUUUCCCAUUAGAACACAGGAUUUGCUUCAUAUUUCCCGCCACGUUGGCCGCAGGAGAAAGUGACGGACCAAAAAGAGGAGCAAAACGGUGAACUACAACUUGAAAAACUACCAUAAAAUUAUUGACAUAGUCACAGUAUCAACAAAUUUACUAAGAUUCUUUUUUUAUCACAGGGAAAUGAUGGUGUAAACGGAAUACCAGGUCGAAGUGGAAAGAGAGGUUCAGAGGUAACUAUGGAUUUGCAAUUACUAUUUCUUUAUUUAAGUUGGCAAAUGGUCACUUACAAAAGUUGAUCUUGGAUCCCUGUUCUUUCCUUUUGGCGUCAAUCUGAAGGUUUCAGAAUUUUACUAGAUCAAGGAGCCAAUGGAAACAUGGAGUAAAACCAUUAAAAAUGUAAAACGCGAGCGACCAAGCCGCAAUUGGUUUAGUUUUCAUUUAGUUUCGAGUUUUCUCGGCCAAUCACUGAGCGAAACAAAGCAAAACCAGUAGAACCUCAGAUUACUUUCGACACUCCGUAGCAAAUUUUUCACAGUCAUUUUAAAUUCUAAUUUCUGUUUUUUACUUUAUUUUAGGGCUUGAAAGGCCCACCAGGAACGCCAGGAAUUCCGGGAUUGAUGGGAGGACCUGUAGGUUGACCUUUUAGCUUCAUUAUGAUAUUAGUUUUCUAUGCCUUACUAUCUUAUCUUCUAAGUUUCCGUUUGACAGCGAGUCGGGCUUAUUCUUAAUGGAUCAUGUAAGCAAACGAACGAGUGAUACGAAGCGCCAUCAAAUAAAUGGAAACGUCACCCUUACACCUGAUGCUCUUCUUAAAAGAAUCAAUUGGUUCUUGACUGUUCUCAAUAGCGACCUUUAUACUUUAUAUUCCUUAAUUUUUCUUGACAUUUCGUGCGAUAGUUUCAAAGCGACUCAUGUUUACAAUGAUUUUGCUCAUCAUUUUAUGUUUUUACUAACGAUUAUCCCCUCUUGUAAAACGUUAUUUCUUUUUCGGAUCUACAUGUAAAGAAUAAUAUACUAUGGCACUGUGUACUUAACCAGUGCUAACACUGAUCUCAUUUCAUGUUUUCGAGAAUUGUCUCAGCCUGUUUCAAUAAUUAGGUAACUAUAUGUAACUUCGUUUGGUUUUUUUGUUUUUUGUUGGUCCUUUUGUUUGUUUGUUAUUGUAUGUUUGGAGAUAGUAAAGAUCACAUGAAAAACGUGCCUCGCAUUUAAAUUACUGAAAAGUUCGUGAUUGUUUUUCCACAGGGUCCCUUAGGACCACAAGGUCCUGCGGGACAAAAAGGAGGACUUGGAGAUAAGGUAAGUCCAUUUGAGAAUUCUUCCCCUGAUUAGGUUUGUGUUCGGUCUGUGUGGGCCAAAUCACUGAUCAUAAAUAUAAAUACCGGACAAACAUUACGUCUAUAAUAGUAUGAGGUCUUUGCCAACAUUGAUCACAAAGUCUGUAAGUUGACUGGCAGGUAACAUUGACAGUUUUCUUUCUUAAUUUGUUUUUGACGUGACGUCACGGUAGCCGUAUUGAUCAGGUAAUCAACGACAUGGCGGCCAUGUUAGUCUGCCGAAGUACUCAUGGAUCUCAACACUUUUCUUUGUAAGCAGUUCUGUUUAUUCUAGAGAUUUACAUAGCCGCCUAGCACAUGACUGAAAACGUUAUUUUGGUAAUUGAUAAGAAUUAGCAGAAUGAUUAGUCAUAACGUUCGGUGGCAUUACAAUUAUUUUGAACCAACCGAAUAAUAAAAACCACGGAUGUAACUCUAAAUUGAUUAGGCUCGUCUCUCAUAAUUAUUUGAAACAUGAUAUCAAAUUUAUCCAUGAUUUUCUUUUACCAAGGGAGGGAAAGGCGAAAUUGGAGACCUGGGAACCAAAGGAGCAGCUGGAGAAUUGGUAAAUGUGAAUUAUUGACUAGCGAUGUAUGUUCUGUUUUGAUAUACUUUAGGCUUCAUAAAAUUACGGUUCGCUCACCAAAUAUCUCCACUGUUCGUGAUCUUGAUCGUGAGAACUAUUUUGUAACGCACACUGAAUCAAGAAGACUCAAACAAUUUAGCUUUAUUUAGCAGUUGCAAACAAAUGACAUUUGUAUAAUCAGGGUGAAUAUUCUGUUUAGUAUUCGUCUAUGUCGUGCAUAUGUACAUUAGCCUCAAUCAGCUCGAAAAUAUGUCCUGAUACUUGUCCUCGUAUUCAAAGUGUCUCGAGAACAAUCAAUUACCAUCAUCCAACAAUCAUAUAUGUUUUUUGGCUGCGAAGAGGAGAAAAGCGUUUGCAAACAACGCAGCGCGAAAAAUGAACAAAUAAAAACGACGCUGAUAACUUGUGGUUAGACUUCUUUUCCGCGUUUUCUAGUUACCCUUGAUGAGAAAAAUCUAGCAAAACGCUCCUCCAUCUUAGUAGGUAAAUGUUUCAAAAAGGAGUUUUCUUUGAGAAAUGCGAGACUCGAAAAUUAGGGGAUAUUUUAGUGGGGAAGGUCAUCGGGUAUUCCUCAGUUUUACUUAUGUUUCUCCACGUAGUGUGUUUAGGAGAGUCACGCACGAGCAGAAAUAUUGAACAGAUUGUAAACACGUACUACACCACUCUAACAAUAACUCUUACCAAGUACUCUCGCUUGUCAGCAAAAAAGCCGUAACAGAGUUUAGAAAAAUCCUAUUAAUUGGAUUUUAAACACGCUCAACACCAUACUAACGUUUGCUCUUACGAAGUGCACUCACCUACAAAUAUAAAUACCUAAUCGUGUUAAAUACUCAAGUUGUGUCUAAAAUUGCAGGGUUCCAUCGGGUCUGAAGGCGAACCUGGUAAUGAAGGACGUCCUGGAGCUGUAGUGAGUACCACUUUGUACCAACUUGAUAGCUAAAUCAUUGUUAUGAAUUAUGCCACGUGGUGUGUUGUAACAGAGCGUUCUAUUCCUCUUAUCUAGGGUUUAAGAGGUACACCAGGCAAUCCAGGCCGUCCAGGUCCUCACGGAAGAGAGGUAUGGCUUUUGCUCUUUGAAACUUAACUUAGCUUGGUUUACUUCGCUGCAAGCAAAAUGUUCAUUUUCUUUGUUUGUUUUUUCUUUGGUAAGAUUUUUUAGCUGUGAGAGUUUUGUGUUAAAUCAAUCGUUAUCCCCUGUUUUAUUUCUUUUCUCUUAUUAUCUUAAAUGCUUAAAGAUGAUAUGGAGUUGUUAAAAAAAUGUCAUUUUUAGUCUCGCCUUGGAAUGAAACGGUUAAACCAACUCACCUGAUUGUUAUUCCUGUUUUUGAAUCGUUCUCGUUUGCUGUUUUUAAGUUUUGUUUCGUUUUUUAACAAUAUUGUAAUGAAUGUGUAUCGUUUUGUUGAAUAUUUGAUAGUUAAAUAAAUAGAAAAUUAAAAUGAAUUCUUUUUUUCCAGGGUCCUGCAGGUAGACCAGGAAAAGAUGGUAGACCGGGCAUUCCUGGCACAAAGGUUUGUUAAGUGUACCUUCGCCAUUUAAAAAGAGGAAACUGAAUCUAAAUGAUAAGUUCUGAAAGAAAGAGACAAGAAAGAAAGAGGAAUUGUAAAGGGAUUGGACGCAAAAGAGUCAAUUCAUUUGUUUUAAAUCAAUUUGUUGUUUAUCCCAGGGUGCCCAGGGACCUCCUGGACGAGCAGGAAAACCUGGACUGCCAGGGCUUCAGGUACUUGACGUUUGAUUGAGUUUUAUGUGAAAGUGAACGAGACUGUUUGCUAAAAUGUUUCCUCUCUGUUUUAAUCUUAUCAGGGUAUAUUUGGAGCAAGUGGCGAGAAUGGUUUAUCAGGCAAACAAGGACAGAUGGUAAUUUAUCAUCUGAUACACCGAUGUCAUCAUUACCUUAGUUACGAGGGACAAAGACAUUAACUUGAGCGCAUGGGCUAUUGAGACCAGUUCGUUGUGGCACCUACCAAUGCCCUUUCCACCAGAAGUUGACACUUCACCUAAAAUUAAGAAAAGCAUCAACCAAAAACAAAGAAACGCUACGCGUUUAAAAAAAAGUAAUUUAUGUAGAAUCAUACCUGAGAGAAUUCGGAAUCCAGCCAAAAGGAAAAGUCCCCCACUCUCCCCCCUGCAACCUGGUGAAAAGAAAUAAAACUAAAAUUGGCAUUCAGGUCCCGCCUCCAUUGUCUGAGAUUAACCCAUCCUUAGCUUAAUCAUCCGACUUGACUGCUCAAUAAGGAGCGUAAGAUAUAAUGCUGAGUAAAAUGCUAGUUUUCAUCACUCGUUUAACGAAAUCAUCAGUUACCAUUUUUAUGUUUUGUCGGUAGGGACAAAUUGGACCACCAGGAGAACCUGGACCGAAGGGACACCAAGGAAGGGAGGUAAUACGAUUAGUAUCAUCAUCUUUUAUUUGCCUUAUUUACACAAUUCAAAAAAUUUAUUUACAGCGGUUAUCGCUAGGGGAGGAGACCCAGGAAGCCACCGGGCAUAUGAUAGAGCCACCCCACCUACAUUAAUAAAAGAAAAAGUGCUGCGAAUGUGCGGCUAGGCCAAUUCAGUGAUUAUUUGGUUAAAAACUCUUGCAUUUUCGUCUUAAAACUAAGGUUUGACGAACGAGUGACUGAAACAGGAAGAGAGUUCCAAAUUUUAGGACCUUGGUAGAGAAUUGUAAAUUGCUUGAGAUUUGUACGGCAAUGGGUGUAAAAAGGAAAUAUAUUGAAUAAUUUUUUUUUUAUGUAAAUGGUGCCACGCCUGCUAGAGUGUUUGAUUUAACCGGAAUAGUAACAUUUACAUCUUGAAAUUGACAUCAACUCGUGCGCUAUAAGAACAAUUUUGUAAGAGUUCUAUGUUGCACCUACGCAGAUAUCAACGUAUUUUUUCGAGUUUCGUGUUUCACUAUUUUCGUUCUGUGACUUGUCACACUCUGCGUUAAGUGCUUGUUUCAAAAACACCUUAUAGGGAAUACCCGGUUUCGCAGGACGUCCCGGAUCACCAGGAGCAGAUGGAGAAGUGGUGAGUUAAAAAACAUUCAUAGUGACCUGCAAUUUCAAAUAUAGUUGGUAUGUUACCUGUUCAUGGCAACCGAUACCUUCUCUUUAGAAAGUCUAUGGGAAACACUUUGAAAUCAGCAGAAAACGGAAGCGCUGAAACUUUUUUUAGGAAACAAUUGUUGAACAAUUACCAGUACGUGUAACCCAACUUUGCCCAGGAAUUGAUCAAGAAGGACUUAGGAGGACGCUUGAAGCAGUUUUUUUGCGAGACAAAUACCACGUGUAUGCUGAAUACUUAAUUAGGAAAACACGCGCAUGUAUAAGUUGAACCAAAUCACUAAAAAAGGUUCAUGCGUGACUGAAAACGAACUGCAUGUCGUUGGGAGACAGCCGAAGUUAUCCACCAAUCUUGGACACUCUUUUUCCAGGGAGAUCGUGGGACUGAUGGUAGACCCGGAGCACUUGGUGAGCCUGGAUUUCUGGUAAGUAAACCUUCGUAGCUUACUACUCCUUUAGCGAAUGAAAUGAUUGAAGCACCAGAUAACUCAAGCCAUUAUUUAGUUAGGUGUCUGCCACGGAAUUGUAACCUGGAGUUCUCAUGUUUCAUGUUCAGGGAGGUCUUUUUCUUGUCUAACUUUCAGGGAUUUCCUGGGCCAGCCGGGGACGAAGGAUCCCCUGGUAUCGAUGGACAACCUGUAAGUAAUCAAACAAGUAAACAAAGUAAUCAAUGAAGCAGUUUUCGAUUGAGUUUCGAAAAACCGAAAGCAAAGUAUUAACAAUUACCAGUCAGAAAAAAGGUGACAUUAGAAUGAGAACUCUUCAGGCAACCUGUUUGAAGUGCAGGAAAACACAAGAGACCUAGUUGGAAUUGGUUUUUAGUUUUUCGUUUCGUAAAGAGUGGCGUGUUUUUCUAAACCAAUCACAGAGUAAAAUGAAGCGAGGGCGAAGCAGUUCGGGAUCACUUUCUGUACUCUAUUGGUACCUGCUCUCAGGAAUACUAAAGAAAGCAUACGAGAAAACAAAAAUACUCCAACCUUAUAUGCAGUAAGAACCGCGCAUGAAAACCCUAAAUCUUUUGUUCUUAGGUUACAGAUUUCUCUUGGGAAGGAGUUUUGGAAUCACACCGAAUUAACGCGUUUUUUAUGUCUGAAAUACACUAUUGUCUUGUGUUCCCAACUUUCCUGUCCAAUUCCAACAUUUCAUUUCGCCGCUACUGUCGUUCUUUCCAUAAAAAUCAUGAAUUUGUUUCAUGAUACGGAAGUUUGAAAUAAGUUCGAAACUUCAAGGUCGAAAGCAUCCGUUGGCGGUGGGAUUUCCUGCGCACUGCACUGAAGAGGCCUCCUGUAGUACCUAGAUGAAUCUUUUAUUCUACAGCAGCAUGCUUUGUUUGCCGUUCAACCAAUCACAACAGUCCUAAACCUUUAUGUGACUUGCUUACGAUAAUUGAAAUUAGAAGCAUUUUAUUCAUCUCCAAGGGGAUCCGUGGACAAGACGGUGAGCCGGGACAAGAUGGAGAGCCUGGAGAAAAAGUAAGGAACUCCAACCAAACUAACCUAAUCUUCCAACUGCCUUUUCGUUUGAUCAUCUUUUGUUUACAUUUUCCAGGGAGACGAAGGGGAACGUGGAAGACUCGGGAAGCCUGGGCAGCAAGGAAUGAUUGGUUUUAUGGGAGAGUCUGGGGAGAAAGGGGAAAGGGGAGUUCAGGGAGAGACGGUGAGUAACGCGUAGGGGACAGACUAACUUCAGAGUGUAAUCAGUAUGCAUAUAAAAUAAUUGCGAAUUAGUCUUGAUGGGCAAUUAAAUCACCGCUCUGUUUGUGAGAAAGGAGUCUUUAUUAGACCUGAUUAGCUCUGUUUGAAAUUUUUCUUCUGUAGGGAGAUAUUGGCGCGAAUGGAAGCACGGGACCGAUAGGAAUACCUGGAGCGGAGGUUGGUGUUUGUUAUGCAACACUUUCUAUUUUUUUUUAGUUGUUUCUGUCCCUGCUGUUUUUGCGUUUUUGUUUUUUUUGUUUCUUUUUGCUGUUGUUGGUUUGUCUUGAUUCCUUUUCAGUUACCAUGAUAACUAACUUGUGAGGACUAUCAACAGAAAAUAUACAGCCAUAAUUAGCUUAUUAAUCUCUAUUAUAAUAUUGAAAGGAAUUCAAACAUUUCAUGUACCCUGUCUGUUCCUUAGGGAAUACAUGGAGAGGCCGGUGACGAGGGAGACAGUGGAUUAGAGGGAGAGACGGUAAUUAUUUAUCCCUUACCUGCAUUUUCCUUUUCCUCUUUGUUGUUAUUGAACUGCUGCAUCGAUCACUGUUCUCUUUUUUGUCAGUGAAUGUUUUAUUUUACAAUUUUAAUGCUACACAUAAUGUUGCUCAAAGCUUUUAAAGAAGCCCGUCACAAGGAAUAAUAUUCACCUAGGUUUCGCCUCAUUGACAUCUAUUGAUUAGUCAGCUGUUCAGGAAUCCUUGGCAAAUUUUUCCCAAGUUUUUUUUUUUUUUUAUUAAAUUAGACAAGCUGUCACUCGUUCUUCACAAACUCGGACGGAGCCAUUCUGAAGUUAUUACAAAGCACCUUUUUUUAAAUCUAUGUCGCGAUAUUUUUAAAAGAUGUGGUACAAUCUGAACCUUUUCUGAUGUGCAAAUUAUUUUGCUUUCGUUGUUUGUUGAAUCAUUUAUCCCCCUUCACCAAAUUAGGUUAAAUUCAAGAAAAUAGACGAAGUUUAUACAUAUGUCAUUUCAUUUCAGGGUGAUCCAGGAUUUCCAGGUUCCCUAGGAAUGCCUGGUCCGCCUGGAGAGGAAGUAAGGAAAAACCUAUCACCCUUUGACCCCUCAAGAGUGACUAGCAUCUAAUUUGUCUUUACAUUAUCACCCCUGGAUCAAACAUUAAGGUCGCGAGAAUAAAAGAAAUGAUCACAUACUUUAAAAAGCUAUUGAUUGUUUAAGAAAUUCAAUUCUCCUUGUCAGUCCCUUUGGAAAUAUAUAGAAAAGAAAAGGAGACUAUGUAUACUGAUGUUAGAGUGUAAAAAGUUAACUUGAAUGACGCCGUAGUAAGUAUUGAAAGUGUUGGUCCUCUGUGUAGACACAGAGCCAAAACAAAACACCAAGCCAAAACAAGUAAGGCAUUUUCUUAUUUUGUGAUUAUUGUCUAAUGGGAGAUUUAGAUUCGAGGAACUAUUUCAUUAAUCGUAUAUUAAGUUUACCGUUAAUGCCUUACUACAGUACUUUUAGGAAUAGUUGUAUUCUUGAGUGAAAGCACGACAUUUGUAGCGACGAUAAUGAUGGCAUUUUCAUUAUGAUAUUUCUCUUUAUUACGCAUCAGGGUGAAGAAGGCGAACCAGGGCGUAAUGCUGGUAUUGGACCACUAGGACCAAAGGUAAGAAUAUCACAGAUUUCAAUUCAAAGAUAAACUUAACUUGGUCAUCUGAAAAUUUCUUUCAAAGAAGGGGCAGCCUAGCCUAUCCCUGCUGUACUUUGAUAUCUUUGACAUCGUAAAGUGCUUUUUUCUUUAUAAAUCAGUUGAAAAGUUAGUUUAAAACAGACGCUUUUCAUCUUGUCACGAGCGUGGCACAGAGAAUCACCCACGGGAAAUCGAUUCGUACUCCGAUCCUCUACCACUGAGCUACAGAGAUCUUAAUGGUGACCUGGAUCAUUGCUUACUUCAUACAUGGCACGAAUCCCGCUUACUGGAGAAUCAAGUUGUGUAAAAGAAGUCUAAACGAUCCAACAUUUGAGUUGAUGACUAUAUCUGACGUAUUAUCACCAACAACUUUACUCAGAGUUGUACCCACAUCGAUUGAUUUGUAGCUUGUAUUGUUAUUAGUCGAUUUUGCUUCUGCUAAUGGCAAAGAUGGACGUGAAAAAUUGAAAGGGAAAAAAAUAGUUUGUACACGAGUUAUUUUUGUUGUAGGGCGUUAUGGGACCUCAAGGACCACCUGGGCCACAAGGCUUCACUGGAGCCGAGGUGGGUGUUACGAUCAGUUUGCGUUUCAGAGCUGCAAGUUCGUGGUAUGAUUUAAUCGGCAACCAAGCAAGCAAUCACUAGCUUCUUUCAGGUUCUCGGUUGGUGGAGACGAACGAACGAGGGGGCAAGGGAAAAUUGGAGGAGAUCUCGAAAGGAGCAGCGAGGAGGAAAAGUCUUAAAUCCUCCCCCCUCCCUCUCGUCGUUUUUCUCGCGCGCUGUGCUUUUUUCGUUCGUUCCCACGUAAACAUUGAAGCAUCACAGGAGACAGAGAUUGUGUGAUCGUAGAGCUAUUAUUAGUCUUAGUACCUUGGCAUAAUGAGCUGUUCUAAUUGGACAUAAGGCCACACUCGGAGGGGAGGGGGUGGGAGGUUGUAGAAAACUACCAUAUGUAUAGACAGUGGCGGAUGGGCAAGAUCUCCAGUAACCAUCGUGCUAGUAAAGCAGUUGUGAUCUUCUUUAGCUCAGUUAUUAAAGUUUUGUAACGAUCAUAAUUGUGAAUUGUCAACAUUUAUCAUUGCAUUCAUUGCUUUCAAUUUUGCUACAAAGCUCGUCAUUGAAGUUACUUGUACUGUGUGAGGAAAUUUACCUCAAUCUUGUCAGUAAAUGUCAAUGAAAACCUACUUUCAUUAAUUUAAGGGGGUUGUCGGACCUCAAGGAGAACAUGGAAGUCCUGUAAGUACAAAUAUCCUAAGACUCUAUUUCAAGCUAACCUUUCAGGAAUAAUUAACAAAUUUCUUUCUAGGCCCGAAAACUAUCAUUAGAUUUCCAAUUAUUCUUCCCCAAGCUGCUAAAGUAACUCCAAACGACACCCAAGUGUCCAGUUAGUUUGAAUGAUAAUUUCCUUUGGUUACUUAAUUAAUCAUUUAACAAUCUAAUUCUAGACUGAUUUGUUUUUCGUUUUUGUGCUUGCUUUUCUUAGGGUCCCAGAGGAAGAGUGGUAAGAUGUAUUCAAUGUUGGACGACACGCGGGAUUCAUCAUUAAUUUCAUCGAUGUACCGCAGCAAUCUUAUAGAAAUAGUUCUUAUAGUCCACCCGUACCUCCUUGUUGAUCGAUAUGCAUAUUUAUCCUCCGUGACUCUGUAAGCGUAAGACGCUCUACUCUUCACAAGAGGGCGCUAUUACAAAAUCAUCUAUAACACUUUAGAUGCAACCAGUAUGCAUCGAAGACGGCUAGUUGCCCAGUGGUUUUUUCACUCGAACUUAUACUUUAACGCAUUCAGUAAGAUACAAUAUAUUUUGAUGAUAGAUAGAAUACGCAAUAGAAAAAAAAAUUGUUGAAACACAUUUUUAACGUACCUGUAAAAGGAAUAAUUUUGUAGCUAGAAACUCACUUGGUAGGGACUUAGGAACAUUUUCAUAAGGUGUAGCUAACUUUCAGUUUAACGCCUAAUAACUCUGUGACAUUCUUGACUUUUUUCCCUCCCAGGGAUCCGAAGGGCUUCAAGUAAGUAAAUGGGUCGUGCUGUUACUGUGACGCUUUCUUCGCAAUGUAUUUAUUUUUUGAUCAUAGCAUUGUUAUUGAGCCUUUAUCCUAUGAUGAUGAUGUUGUUGUUGUUAUUCAUCGUUGUUGUUGUCGUUCGCGUUGUCUCAAGAUUUCAGAAGCAACGAAAACAAGGUUAUUUAAUGUUAGCCUUAUGAAGAUAUUUCAAGCCUCUGCCUGAUCUAUAUUUGUGUUUUAUUUAGUAUAACGAACAAACCAUCGCUCCGAAACCAUCAAGCUGAGAUUAUCAUGUGUUUACUGGUUCCUACGCGCAUGCGCGAGAUAAAACCGCAGGCCAAUAUGUUUCAGGGCGUGAAAUUAAUUUUUUUUUCUGAUUGCCACUUGGCUCCUAAAUUUUCAAUUAAGAAAAAUUUGGUCGCCCUGUUUUAAGACAAACAAAACCUUUCUUUAACGCUGUCAGCGUCAUAGAUAGACCCUUCAGAAUUAAGUUAGGAAAAAGAUAGUUAACUUGCCACAAAGUGGACACUAGGAUGUAUGAUAUACAACCUACAAGCUCAUCUAAAUCCAAGAUGGCGUCUAGUUAUCGAUCGAUAUGCAUGUGCUGCGUUUUGGAAACAAACUUAACGAGGAAGUUUGCCGCGGAUUUAUCUUUGCAAAUCUUUUUUAGUUACUAUAUCUCUAUGUAAGGUUAUGAUGAAGCAUUGUUAUCGCCAAUUUGGUGACUAAUUCUCAGGAUUUGGUCGCCAUAGUAAAAUAUUUAGUCGCAUUGGCGCCUGCAUCAGGCACAAUUUCACGCCCUGUGUUUGGGAGCAACAUAAAUGUCCAUGUUAUUUUACUAUUUCACCCUAGGGACCCCCCGGACCACCUGGCCCACCAGGAGAACAGGUUUGACGCAAUUUAUUCCAUCUAUUGUUCAUCUUGCUGUACAUAUCAGCCUUAACCAUCCUUAACGUGUUUUCGCCCGCUUGUAAUUAGUGAAGACGCAUCAUGCGUGCCCCGAAUCAGGAAUAGCCUUCGACUGCCAAAAUUGAAUUACAACGGAAAAAAUAAUAAUGUCGAAGCUCGAAGAAUUGCAAUUUACACUUUGCUCAUACAUAUGAUGCAAAAAGAAUCAGAUAAUCCUAAGUCAACCAGCUCGUGCCUUUUUCUUGCCGAUUUACCUUAAGGGGCAGGAAACGAAAGGAAUAUUCAAGUGACAAUUUCUGCCCAUGUUGUUGAAAUUUCAGUCUUUUUCACCGGCAACAGCAAUUUUUUGGACUUCUCUCUCUGGUACGAUCACACUACACGAUCACACUCCACGAUCGCACUUUACGAUCAGGUGACUUACCUCGAUUUGAUUUUCUUUCAUGCAGGGACUUCCUGGGAAAAUACCUCUUGGUUGGGUAAGAAAUAAUGAUGUUAUCCUGUUUCUUCUCUUUUAUUUUUUAUCCUUGUUUACAUUCAAUAUAUUUUGGUUACUUUUAGACGCACUCACAUCAGACCCAACAAAAUAAAGGUCCAGGAUUUAGACUGUACUCAACACAAGAGGUAGGGUCUAUCAUGAAGCACUGUAGCUGCAGCAGUUAAUGAGUAUUACAAACACAAAUUAUGGACACAUUAACCCUUUAAUCCUUACGAGUGACUCGCAUCUUAGUUCUCCUUACAUUAUCACCCCUGAGUCACACAUUAAGAUCUUGAGAAUAUAGGGAAUGAUCACCAACAUAAGGACUUCUUCAUUGUGAAACAAAUUCUCCCCGCAUCCUAACAUCAGUAAGCGUUUGCUCUGUACCGUUCUCCAUACAUUUCCUAAAGUGCUGAUGAAGAGAGUUUGCUUGAAAACAAUCAAGACUUUGUUUCGUUGAUGAUCAUUUCAUCUUUUUUUGUGACCAUAAUGUUUGAUUCAGAAGUGAAAUUGUGUGGAGGAAUUAGAUGUUAGUCACUCCUUGGAGUCAAAGGGUUAAGAACAUAAUCUUGUGCUAAAUGUGUUCAUUGGUUCAUGCAGACGUUGAUUCAUCUAUUUUUAAGCUUUUGUUUUAGUGCAGCUGUCACAGUUGUUGGUGAUACUGUUGAUGUUGUUGUUGAUUUUCUUUUUUAGCAGGAACAUGCUGGUACUACAGAAUAUUAUCUUAGGGGCCUCAGCAGUGUUAUUUAUUUCUAUAAAUCACAAAAUGGCACCAGGACACAUCCUGCGCGAUCUUGUAGGGAACUUAACCUUGAACAUCCUGAUUAUCCCAGUGGUGAGUAG